AUGGCUGCACUGUUUGUGAAAGAUCUUCACCCUGAAGUAUCAGAGGUGAUACUUUCUAAUAGAUUUAGACCUGCAGGACACGUCCAAUCUGUCCACAUUUGCAGGGACAGGAAGACCGGCUCUCCUCUCGGAUACGCGUACGUCAACUUUCGCUAUCGAGAUGACGCUGAGAGAGCCAUCGAUAUGUUCAGUUUUGAACUCCUCCUGGGGAGACCCAUGCGUGUCAUGUGGUCUAACUGGGAACCCACCGCCAAGCCCAUCAAGGGAGGGAACAUAUUCAUCAGGAACCUUGAUUGGUCCAUUGACUGCACCUCCCUGUUUGACACUUUCUCUGUGUUCGGGAGGAUCGUGUCAUGCAAGGUUGUGGAAUCAAAAGGUUAUAGGUACGUUCAGUACGAGUCAGCGGAGGCGGCGGAACGGCUGAACGGAAAACUCCUGAACGACCGGCAAGUAAAGUGCCUGCGUAGAGCCCCACCAUUACUGUACAACGUACCACCAAAACUGCGCCAGCCAGUGCUGCCUCCCUGGUUCAAAAGGAGCACCCUUGAGACACCUUGCACAAAGGACACUGUCCAAAGCACCAAGGCAUCUGCCUCAGAGGACAUCAGCCAGAUUGUCUACACUGCUGCCUCACAGAUGGUCCAAGCCGCUGGAUCCCCUGCCCCAGUAAACAAUGUGGAAGCUGUUGAAACUGCUGGCCCAGAGAACUCUGAGGAAUCUGUUGAGACAGCUGCCUCAGAGGGAUCUGUGGAAGCAGUGAAGACAGUGGCCUCAGAUGACAGGGUGGAAGCAGUAGAAGCAACUGCACCAGUGGAAGCUACUGAGACAGCUGCCCCAGAGGAAACUCUGGAAGCUAUGAUUACUUGCUUCCACUGGUAG